GAGAGAGAGAGAGAGAGAGAGAGAGAGCUUCUAUUUUUGUUUUGCCUUUGUUUUAAGAUCACUUUCAUUGAAUUCUCUUUCAUGGAAAAGGUAAGCAGAGAGGAGGAGCAAGCCAGAGUGGGGUUGGGUUGGGUGUCCGUCUCCCAGUGAAUCCUCAAUUUUUUCCAGCCCAGCCGACCAUGGCAUUCCCGUGAGAGGGACAAAAGCGAAAUAUAUAAAUUGCAAAUAGCAAAAAUCGAUUCUCUCUCUCUCUCUCUCUCACAGAAAAUUCAUUUCCUAUCCUACUCACCUUUGUGCUCUUAUCCUCUUCCUCACCAGCCUACCCUACAGUCCGGCCUCUGUAGUUUCCACACUUUCCUAGGGGACCUCUAGACACCUAAAUGCAACCAUUGUGGGGAUGUAUCCAAUGCUAGCCUCUGCCGAUGACCCUUGAUUACGUUUUGGCGCUGUUCAAAUGCUUUAUUAGUUUUUGAUCUCUUUGCUACGGCUUGAUCUGCUUGGGUUUGCGCCCUUUUUAAUGUCAAAAAGAACACCCAUUUGGUUAUUUUGUUGCGAUUCUCCAGUUCAUCGUCAAUCAGAGAUCUGGGUCUCUGUUGUAAAGAUAUUUAUUGCAGGGAAAAGUAUCUUCUUUUUGGGUUUCUGGUGUUAUUAUUCCUUUGAAAUACGGGAUAGAUGAAAGGCAAGGUUCUCGAUUGUGGUUUGCUUCUGUGAAAAAAUCCAUCAAUGUGGUUUGAUUUUGAUGGUUUGGAUGGAUGUAUAUGAGUCAGAACAAGAAUUGCGCAAGCACACAGCAGAGGAUGCAAUUAGACCACCUCUGGUUCCAGCCGAAAAGAAUAAUGCAGUCACUACCCGUGGCCCUCGAAUGAGGGAAGUGAGUUCUAGGUACAAAUCACCCUCUCAAUCAACGCCUUCUGCUCCCCGGCGAUGCCCAUCUCCAAACCUUACAAGGACAGUGCCUUCACCUUCCCAAGGGGUGCCGAAAAGAGCAAUUUCGGCUGAGAGGAAGCGGCCCUCAACACCACCGUCACCUCCUCGUUUAUCUACACCGGUCCAUGAUUCAUCUAUCAAUAUGCACGUGUCAUCUAGACGGCUAUCCACCGGCCGGUUACCCGAUGGUUUAUGGCCUUCCACCAUGAGAAGUCUUAGUGUUUCGUUUCAGUCAGAUACUAUAUCCAUUCCGGUCAGUAAGAAGGAAAAACCAUCAACUGCUGCUUCCCCGGAUCGCACUUUGAGGCCAUCUUCAAAUGUAACACAUAAACAGGCUGAAACGCCGAGUAUAUCAAGGAAGCCUAUUCCGGAGAGGAAGCGAAGUCCUCUAAAGGGGAAGAAUGCCCCUGAUCAUUCGGAGAAUGCAAAACCGGUUGAUGGUUUGCAUAGUCGAUUGAUAGAUCAGCAUCGAUGGCCCAGUAGAAUUGGUGGAAGGAUUACUCCCAAUCUGUUGGCUAAAAGCACGGAUCUUGCUGACAAAACGCUGAGACCUUCGUCGCCAGGUCUUGGAAAUGGAUUGUCAUCGCUGCGGAGAAUGUCUAUUUCUGGUAGUUCGAAUAAACCCUUACAGAAAUCUACCAGUGACGCUGCAAGGUUGCUAUUGCUUGAUGAAAUUGAUAGAUUAGGAACUGAGCCAAAGUCAGUUGAUGAUAAUUCACUAGGACCAUCCGGACGCCGCAAGGUUCUGUCAACAAAUUCAGCAGAAAGAACAACAAUAGCAGCACCUGCGGCCAGAUCUCAGUCUUUACCUACUCCUGGAUCACGGCCAGCUUCACCAAGUAGGACCUCAUUUUCUUCAUCCUCUAUUGCGAGAGGUGUCAGUCCAUCCCGAGCAAGACCGUCAACUCCUCCUUCAAGAGGGGUAAGUCCGUCAAGGAUAAGGCCAUCCAGUACUUCUAGUCAAUCCAAUAGUACAACUUCUGUGCUCAGUUUUAUUGCAGACGUUAAGAAAGGGAAAAAGGGUGCAAGCUAUAUAGAAGAUGCUCAUCAGCUCCGCUUGCUCUAUAACAGAUUUUUACAAUGGCGGUUUGCUAAUGCUCGAGCAGAGGCUGUGCUCUAUAUUCAGAAAGAAAGUGCAGAGGAGUAUCUGCACGAUGUUUGGAAUACUACUUUAAGUCUAUGGGAUUCAGUGAUCAGGAAAAGAAUCAAUCUCCAAAAGCUGAAGCUAGAGCUCAAGCUGAACUCAGUUUUGAAUGAUCAAUUAGCAUACCUUGAUGAUUGGGCUUUACUUGAAAGAGAUCAUGUAAGCUCUUUAGCUGGGGCAGUUGAAGAUUUGGAGGCAAGCACUCUUCGACUCCCAGUGACUGGAGGGGCAAGGGCUGACAUUGAAUCUUUGAAGGCUGCUGUUUCCUCAGCUGUUGACGUGAUGCAGUCAAUGGGAUCUUCCAUAUGUUCUUUACUCUCAAAUGUAGAGGGAAUGAACAGUUUGGUUUCUGAGCUUGCUGUUGUAGUUGCACAAGAGAAAGCCUUGCUUGACGAAUGUGAAGCACUAUUGGCUUCAACAGCAGCGAUGCAGGUAGAAGAGUACAGUCUUUGGACUCAUCUAAUACAAACGAAACAACCUUCGAAGAGGAGCAACCCGCCAAAAUUGCCAGUCAAAAAAUUUCCAUGGCCCUAAUCAGGUUCACUUUCUAACAAUUUACCACGUUAUCACUUUCGUCACAAGAUGAAUCCUGCUGUCUGCUCGAGUCUCGGUAAAUGUAAAUUGUUUGUUCGUUUUUUUUUUUUUCCUAAUAAUGGUGGUGGUAAUUUCUCUUGUCAAUUCUUUUCCCCCCCUUCUCUACCAUUUUUCAUACCGGCUCAUCCUUAAUAGUAAUUUUUGUAUUACUCGUAUGAAAGGGGAAAAAAAAAAAAAACAGAGGAAGCUGAUGAUUUAAAU